GGCGCCCUCAAACGCGUCGCCGCACAAGCAGAACAAGUGUCGGCCCGUCGUCAGGGCGGGGACGGACGUUCCUCCGUUCUGACAGAUUCCUGCCGACGGAUCGCGGCACGCUGGCUUAACCGCAGCCGGUCGGGCUCAUUCCUGCGCCGACGCGUCCCGACUCGACGGCGGCUCACCUGAGCUCCGCGACGACGACAAAAUCGUCCGCCGACGUCUUCUCCCCUCGUCUCGCCGCCGAGCCUGAAAGCGGGACAGAGACAUUUUCACCGCGGAGCGAGACCGCGACCGGCGAGAGGACCGGCGCGCCGGCCGCUUACGCCGGCGCCACCCGCCGAUGGCGGCCCGAACGCCGACGCCAGGAGGAGCGACGCCACGACCAGCCGCAUCGCCUUCGCUGGAGAAACGACGAGUGGGCGGGGCCUGUCGGGGGAGGAGGACACCGCCACGCGAACACACGUAGCCUGCCUACAUGCGUGCGUGUGUACAUACGUGGGGGUUUAUUUGAUUACGGGGCUUUUUGUGUCGCUGAUGUCAAAUUGUAAGAAUGAAUAUUUUUCAAUAACCAGCAGUGGGCGUGUUGUCUAAAAUGUCUUGUUAAAAUGAGUAUAUUUUGACAUGUUUUGAGCGCUUUUAUGGUGGUAUUUUACUGCUAAAAACUUUGACCAUAAAGUCCUUCAAAUAUAAUAGAAUGAAUGACUCCUCAUCAUAUCUACAAACCCCAUUUUGUCUGUCUCUCCCUUUGAGUUGCUGUCAUUAGCGCCACGUUGACCCUUUUCAGCGCAAUCGAGUUUCUUCCAAAUCGGAUUCUUGAAUUCGCUGUGUCAUUUUGUCUUGUCACUCAAGCGCACGCGACAUUUUGGCGUACGUUUUUUCCCUCAUUUGUUCCCUUAAGUCACAGAAUAUUUGUAUUGCCCGUCAUUACCAAACGACUUGUCGAGUCAAUAUUUUCCUGUCAAAACUUGAUAAUCAUAUAAAAUGUUGUACAGGACGAGCUAGCUAAAAGAAAAAAUGAAGCUAACUCUACCAGCAUAGCACAGUUAGCUAAAAACUUUGAAAUGUCCUUACCAUCACGAGAUGAAUCCAUUUUGAAUCAAUAGGCCAUCGUGGCGGUGAUAACAUUUCUCGAGGGUGUCUGACAAAAAAAAUCUUUACGACGUGAACACAUUCUGAGUCACAGAAAGAUGACAAUGAAGGCAACGUCGGUAUACGUAGUUUUUGUGACAUUUUAUUUUUGAGAAAAACGACAAUCAAAAGUGCCCGAAAUCAAAUAAACACCCAUAUAUGUAUACACGCGCACACACACGCACACGCGCUGUGAUCACCGCUGCGAUUGGCUGGCGACCAGUUCCGGGCGUACCCCGCCUCUCGCCCGAAGAUGGCUGCGAUAGGCGCCAGCACGCCCGCGACCCGCGUGAGGAGAAGCGGAAUGGAUGGAUGGAUGAAUGGAUGAAUGGACGGACGGAUGGACGGACGGAUGGAUGGAUGGCCGCUCCCCGUCCACCUCAGUAAAACCACAAGAAGAAAAAAACGCCUCUUCCGAGACACGAGCAGCGGCUUGUUGUCUAAUGACCGAGCCGGCCCUGAACGCCUCGUCGUCAUCAGCGGACCUGCAGCGGCACCGGUCCGGACCAGCGAGACAUGGGAAGCGGCGAAAGCAAACUUGACUUCAGGAAGGCUGUGAUCCACCUCACCAGCACCACUCAGCCCGUGGAAGCGUCAGACGAUGUCUUCUGGGAGCAGUUCUGGGCCGACCCGUCCACCUCGGUCCAGGACAUCUUUGCUUUGGUUCCGGCGGCCGAGAUCCGAGCGCUGAGAGAAGAGUCGCCGUCCAACCUGGCAACCCUGUGCUACAAGGCCGUGGAGAAGUUGGGACGGGCGGCGGUUCGCGGUUGCCCGUCGGAACGUGAGCGUGCCGCGGUCCUCAACUGCGCCCGUCUGUUGACCCGCGUGCUGCCGUUCAUCUACGAGGACGCCGACUGGCGAGGGUUCUUCUGGUCCAGCCUGCCCGGCGCCCAGAACCAGGAAGCGGUCGCGGUCGCGGACACGGUGGACAGCUGCGAGUUGAUCUGGGAGGCGGGCGUGGGUUUCGCCCAAUCGCCUGCGCCCAAUUCGGCCCAUGACAGCAACAGGGCGGAGCUUCUCAAGCUGCUGCUGACGUGCUUCUCGGAGGUUCUGUACCUGGCGCCCACCGACCACCACGUCAACCCCUGGGUGCUCUUCUUCUGCUCCGCCUCCAACAGACACGCCCUCCCUCUGUUCACGUCGCUGCUGAACGUGGUGUGCGCCUACGAUCCUUCGGGCUCAGGCUUCCCGUACAACCACCUGCUGUUCUCAGACCGGCGGCAGAUCCUGGUGGUACAAGCGCUUCAGGUUCUCAUCGUCACUCUGGAGCGGCGCGGACCCCGCGCAGCCCCCGCCGCCGACGCCCUCCACGCCUCGGCGCCCUCAGCGGGGGAUGAGACUGAUUGGGCCCGAAAACCAGUUUGUCAACUUCCUGUCCAGGAUCCACCGAGAAGAGGACUUGAGCUUCAUCCUGAAAGGUCUGAGCCGGCUCCUCAACAACCCUCUGGUGCAGACCUACCUGCCAAACUCUGCCAAGAAGAUCUCCUUCCACCAGGAGAUCCUCAUCCUCUUCUGGAAGCUUUGCGACUUCAACAAGAAAUUCCUCUACUUCGUGCUGAAGAGCAGCGACGUUCUGGACGUGCUGGUCCCCAUCCUGUUUUUCCUCAACGAAGCCCGCGCCGAUCCGUUUGCAGCUGGCGUGGGGCUGGUCCACAUGGGCGUCUUCAUCCUGCUUCUGCUGAGCGGCGAGAGGAACUUUGGCGUGCGCCUCAACAAACCCUUCACGCUGCGCGUCCCCACGGACGUCCCCGUCUUCAGCGGGACACACGCCGACCUGCUGCUCGUGAUCUUCCACAGGAUGAUGACCUGCGGACAUCGGCGUCUGCAGCCGCUCUUCGACUGUCUGCUCACCGUCGUCGUCAACGCUUCUGCACCUUCUGGAGGUUUUCUCCCCGCCGUGGUUCCUUUUCUCGGCCCCGCGCAACCACCAGCUCGUCUUCUUCCUGCUGGAGGUCUUCAACAACAUCAUCCAGUACCAGUUUGACGGUCAGCAAACCCCAGCAGACCCUCGACCGAGUCCCGCACGCACAUACACGCGCACACCUCGGCCAAAGCGGCGCAGGCCCCUCGACCCGCUGUGCCUUGGCCCUCCUCGCAGGUAACAGCAACCUGGUCUACUCCCUUAUCCGGAGGAGGAACCUUUUCCAGCGUCUGGCCAACCUCGGGGCCGACGCGGCGUCCAUCCACAAGGCUCUGCUGUACAAGACGAAGAAGAAGAAGAAAAAGAACGCCGGCGCCUCCCAGAGUGACCGGGCCGACGCGGAAUCCCGCCCGAGACCCGGACCGGGCGAGCCGGAGGCCGCCCCGGGCCCAGGUGGCGUCCGUUGUCGCGUGACUUUCGUGUGUUUAGCUUUCAGGUUCUCGUCACGUCCUCCGUUUUCAGGGAUCCGCAAGAUCACCCAGAAGUCUCGAGCGAGUCACGGCGGCGCGGCCGUCGCGGACCCCCCGCAGACCGCCGUGGACGGCGCCAGCGACACUGAGUCCAACUCAGAGAGGGACCGCGAGGACAAGCAGACGGAGAGCGAAGCCGCAACUGGCCUUCCCGGCACCUCGUCGGCUUCGCCCCCCUGGACCGCCACGCCGGACUGGGUGUUGUCGUGGAAGUCCAAACUUCCUCUGCAGACCAUCAUGCGACUUCUGCAGGUUCUGGUCCCUCAGGUGGAGAAGAUCUGCAUCGACAAGGCUCUGACCGACGAGUCUGAAAUCCUGAAGUUCCUCCAGCGUGGGACUCUGGUGGGCCUCCUGCCCGUGCCGCAUCCCAUCCUGAUCCGCAAGUACCAAGCCGACGCCGCCACGUCCUCGUGGUUCCGCACGUACACGUGGGGCGUCCUCUACUCGCGCAACCUGGAUCCUCCCAUCUGGUACGACACCGACAUCCGACUCUUUGAGAUCCAAAGGAUUUAAAGCAGCUUUUUUCCUUUUCUUUCUGAGAAGACGUCGUCGUCUUCAUGAGAAUGCGUUCGCUCGCUGUGAAACAAUUAUGCUGAAAAAGACCAAAGAGUCUUGAAAUAAAAUGUCA